AUGGCUAGUCUACCAGGUGUUGUUAUUGCAGUCAACGAGGACUCCUCCCCAGACUCGUUUGACGCGCAGAGCGAGGCAAGCGAUCUCGGCUCCUCGGCGUCUUCGUUGACGUCAAUCGACACGGACAUUUUACUCGGAGAGCUCGGGGAGGGCAGACGGACGUAUGCCGUAUAUGGCAAAAAAGAAUAUGGGUUUCCGAUGGACACGCAGGAGCUAGAGCGUCUAGACAUCUGCCACAUCAAGUACUUUGCUCUGCUAGACAAGAGGCACUUUCUGUCCCCCAUUGAUGAAGAGUACAAUCCUCAGCGCAUUUUGGAUCUGGGGUGCGGAACAGGUACAUGGUGCAUCGACGUGGCCGACAUGUUUCCGAGCGCCUUGGUGGUCGGUGUCGACAAAGCAGCGACACAGCCGAAUUUCGUGCCUCCCAACUGCACCUUUGAAAUCGACGACAUUGAAGAAGAAUGGACGUGGCAAGAAGGCACCGCCGAUUUCAUCUUCGCUCGCGAUCUCAUCCUCUCCAUCCGGGAUUUCCCCCGUCUCAUCGAGCAAAGCUACAAACAUCUCAAGCCCGGCGGCUGGGCCGAGUUCCACUGCGUCACCGGCGUUUUGCACUGCGACGACGGCAGCGUGCCCAACGGCAGCGCGCUGCAGCAAUUUUCGUCGAUGCUGCGGGACUCGUGCAUCAAGUACGGCACGCCCGUCGACGACCCCACGCGGUGGCGGCAGCAGUUCCAGGACGCCGGCUUCGACGCCGUCACCGAGGAGGUGCUGAAGCUGCCGUGCGGGCCGUGGGCCGCCGACGCGCGGCUGCGGCUGCUCGGCGGCUGGGAGCAGAGGAACCUGCUGGACAACCUCGAGGGCAUGGUGAUGCGGCUGUUUCAAAAGGCGCUGGGGCAGUCCGAGGCGGAGAUUACCGUGUAUCUGAGCCAGCUGCGCAAGGAUAUACGGAGCAGGGACAUGCACGCGUACUGGCCAUUGUAA